CGCCCGCCACUUCAAAUCGCACAAGAAGAGAUCGAAUCGCGCGACAAGUUAUUAUGAGCGAGCGCAAAGAGAUCCUGCCCGAGGAGGGCAAGAAGAAUAUCCUCAUUACUUCUGCCCUUCCCUACGUCAACAACGUCCCCCACUUGGGCAACAUCAUUGGUAGUGUUCUAUCUGCCGAUGUCUUCUCCAGAUACUGCAAGGCGCGUGGCCUGCCCACUCUGUUCGUCUGCGGUACUGACGAGUACGGAACUGCCACCGAGACCAAGGCUAUCGAGGAAAAGUGCACACCCCAAGAGCUUUGCGACAAGUACCACAAGCUUCACGCAGAGGUCUACGAAUGGUUCAACAUUGGCUUCGACAUCUUCGGCCGCACUCCUACCACCCAGCAGACCGAGAUUGCUCAGGACAUCUUCACAAAGCUCCACAACAACGGCUUCUUGGAGGAAAAGACAACAGUGCAGCCUUACUGCGAAACACACAACUCGUUCUUGGCCGAUCGCUUCGUUGAGGGAGAAUGCCCACUGUGCGGUUACGAGGAUGCAAGAGGAGACCAAUGCGACAAGUGUGGACAUCUUCUUGAUCCUCUGGAUUUGAAGAAACCUCGCUGCAAGCUCGAUGGCGCAACACCCGUCGCAAGAGAGACAAAACACGUUUACCUGCUGUUGGACAAGCUCCAAGCACAGGUCGAGGAAUGGUCGGCAAAGUCGAGCAAGGAGGGUGCAUGGUCGUCGAACGGUAUUCACAUCACAAAUUCUUGGUUGCAGGAGGGCCUCAAGCCUAGAGGUAUUACCCGUGACCUGAAGUGGGGCACCAAGGUUCCUCUUGCUGGCUACGAUGAGAAGGUCCUGUACGUCUGGUUCGACGCUUGCAUUGGUUACGUUUCCAUCACAGCAAACUACACGGAUCAAUGGCAGAAGUGGUGGCACAACCCUGAGAACGUCAGCUUGUACCAGUUUAUGGGCAAGGACAACGUUCCCUUCCACACUGUCGUUUUCCCCUCAUCUCAGCUCGGUACUGGCGACAAGUGGACCAUGUUGAACCAUCUUUCCACCACCGAGUACCUCAACUACGAACAGGGCAAAUUCAGCAAGAGCAGAGGUAUUGGUGUUUUCGGAACCAACGCAAAGGAGACCGGUAUUCCCUCAGAUGUCUGGCGUUACUACCUCCUGUCCAGACGUCCCGAAACUGGCGACACCGAGUUUGAGUGGACUGGUUUCAUCAACUCCAACAACAACGAGCUGCUCAAAAAUCUUGGUAACUUCGUCAACCGCAUCGUCAAGUUCGUCAACUCGCCCAACUUUGAGGGUGUUGUGCCCGACUACACCAAGUACAACGACCCGGAGGGCGUCCUCGCAGCUCACAAGAAGGAAGUCAACGAAGCGCUCAAGGACUACCUGGCCACCAUGGAUGCCGUCAAGAUCCGCCAAGGUCUGCAAGCAGCCAUGCACAUCUCCUACCUCGGAAAUAAGCUGCUCCAAGACAACAAGCUCGACAACGCCCUCGCAAAGGACGAGCCCGAACGCUGCGCUGCCGUCGUCGGUCUGGGUCUGAACCACGUUCACCUGCUCGCCUCGAUCAUCGCUCCCUACAUGCCCUCCACCAGCAGUGCCAUCCUCGAACAACUCAACACCACUCUCCUCAUCAUCCCCGAUGACUGGCAAGGCAACAGCAUCGCCCCCAACCACAAGCUCAACGCCGCCGCCCACUUGUUCCAACAAAUCAAGCCCGAGAAGGAGAAGGAAUGGCGCGAAAUGUUCGGUGGUGAGGAAGCCAAAAAGGCCAAAGCAGAAAAGGAGGCAAAGGCCGCCGCCAAGAAGGCAGACAAGGAGAAGAAGAAGGCUAAGAAGGAGGCCGAGAGAGCCAAGGCCAAGCUCGCUAAGGACGCCGGCAAGUCUGUCGAGGCUGCUGAAAAGGACGGCGCCGAGAAGGCUGACGCUGGUGAUGCUGUCGAGGAGGUCACUGAGGGUGUCAAGCAGGCUGCUCUGCAGACCAGCUAGAUGUGUUGCUUUUGCGUGCAUGCAUGACUGUGGGAGAAAAAGACCAGCAAGACUUUUUUGGAAAUUCGUGUUCGGCAUACCCGGC